AUGGCACACUCAAGACACACAUCCAAAUCCAGAUCCAGAUCCAGAUCCAGGCAAGGGCAGGGGCAGGGUCGUGAUGGGGUCCUGCCCUCGAUCGCCGCCUUAUUCGUGGUCAAAUUCGAUCCACGUCAAGGGUAUGAAGACUUGGAUUUCCCUUGGUUCAUCACGCGCGGUCUCAUCGAGGACAGGUACAAACUGGUCUGGAGCAGAUCGAUACCCGAUGUCCAACUCGAAGGUGUCGUGGACUUCAAAUCCUUGCCCUCCGGCCUACACAAUGUCAAGGAAGAUUUGGUAUACUUUAUUCACAAUAGCUGUGCCGGUAUAAGCGCCUUCGUCAAUGUGCCUGGGGACAAAUCUCAACGAAAUGCGGAGAUGCUGGCUGUCGGCGCAUUGGUGCCCUUGACCUAUGGAAGACUUGGAAAGAGUUGGCGGCAUGCUGAGGGGCUUCAAAAACUGGCAAAUGAGCACAUCUCAAAUGUCGACCGCCUGCAUAUGCUGGAGGAGUACUGGGGGGAAAACAGGCUCCAAGAAGGACAUAACGUGGAAGAGACGGUAGAUGAAUCACCUACACUUAUACCGAAACCUUCUUCGAAAAGCAGUCCUCGGCUGAAUGGAUACCGUCGGCCUCGUGCUAUCAGUGAUGCCACGGCAAUGAUGACCUCGCGUCAGACACUUUCACCACAUCAUCCUGCUAUCUCGCUACCUAGACUCAUCAACGACGUGGGACCUCUCAUAUUUCCCCUAUAUCGAGCUGCUCUUCUGCGAAAGCGUAUCCUCAUCGUAGGAGAACCACCAGUAGAGCCUAAUUUCUAUGAUAUCUCGAUCAUCUCGUCUGUACCAGAGUCUCUCCUGCCACUACUACCAGUCGACAGCAUACCACCCCUCAGCCUUCGUCCCCUUUUCAAUGUUGGCGUCACCGACAUUCCAAUCCUCGAAAACUCCCCACAACACCAGUCCUCCACCAACACCGAACCCACCUCGGAGUUCUCACCCAGCUGGAUAGCCUGCACAACUGACGACGUCCUCGCCACAAAACCCCAACUCUACGAUAUCCUCGUCGACCUGCCUCCUUCCUCCCAAUCAGCCCCAAUCAUCCACCCUACACCACCAAGCCCUCCAGCCGCUUUUAAAAAGCAUACCCCCUACCCCAAGAUCUACCCUAGCUCUCCGCUCCUCUCCCGUCUCGCCCCACAACAUGGCAUCAAAGCCACCCGCCGAGACCUUCGCCGCUACCUCACCCUCCGCUCCAAUCUGCGCAAUCUACCGUCUGCAAAACCGCCUGCCCCUGCCCCAAACAUACCGCCAGAACGACGAGACCGCACAGCACCCCGCCCGGAGGACGACGAUGAUAUCGAGGACCAGGACUCUACGACGUCAGAUUCCAGUCUGUUCAGCACCUUCUCCCGUACGUCAGUAAUUGAAUCCACACCCUGGGCACUGAUAGCAUAUACGAGUUUCAUCUGGUGGGCUUCUGCUGGAGAGAAGAAGAGGGGGUUAGGUGAGGAUGAUGAGCAGCAGGUUUCAGAAGACGAACAGGAUCGUGCUCUUCUUCUUUCGGGCCAUGAUGAAGCUGAAGCGGAAGAGGGAGAAGGACAGGAGGACGAAGAGAGGUUUGGUGGGCUGUCCAAAGAGACGGCUAUAGUGGGUUAUUUCCAUCGGUUAACUGGGUUGAUCUUCACAACGGUUAGCGACGCUAUCAGCCGGGUGGAUGGGGAGGGUGUUAGAAGAGGAGGAGAUUAUACGAAAUACGCGGAUGACAACGAGAACGAGAGCGCUGGAAGGGGUCAAAGCAGGGAAGAAGCUGUUCACGGUCUGGGACUCAUGUCGCCCUCCGACGAGCCGGCCGACAUCGCGGCAGGGAAGGACGCGGGAGGAAGAGAAGAAGGAGAAGACGCGGACACGGCAGUCGCUGCUCCUUCGAACGGUGAAGGCGAAGAUGAACCUCUCCUCCCUCAAGCAUCCUCUUCGAAAACCCCUUCUCUGUCAUCCUCCCUCGAUGAAGAGAGACCCACUGCGCUCGUCGAAAUAACAAGCGAAGACAUGGCGCAAAUGGGCCUCGACGUGUGGAGUAGUGCCGACCGGUCCUUUGUGGAGGAAUUGGUGCUUCUAUGGUGGGGACGCGAAGCGGUGGUGAGGGGAGGUAGAGUCGAGUGCUGUGGUGUCCGGGUCUUGUAG